CAGGCUCGAAAAUCAAAGACAAGCCUAGAAAACGAUAUAGAACGCUCGCGAUGGGAAGAAAAAUGGGAGCUUACCCCGAAACUGGUGGAGCAACUGUCGAGUAGAACUACAACAGAAUCCAGCGUAGGUGAGAUUUAUUGUCAAAAACCUGACAGAAAAAAAUGAAAGAAAAUGGUUUAAAAUGUAUGCGCCUGAGGCGAAAAUAGUGAUUUAGAAGUGGUAGAAAGCGUCAUGCAAGUUCUGAGGUUGACCAUGAUAGUAUCACUUGGAGAUCACAAUCACAAAAUUAAUUUGAGCUUAAUGUAAAUUUACAGCAACUAUAGCCUGCUAGAACGUAGCUGUUGUGUUUAAAUUGACAGUGCAUUCAAUUCCCAAAACCCAUGUGCUGCAAGAUCACAGUUAGCUAGCAGUGUACAUGUGUAGUGACUGCAGAUACCGUGCACAAGCUGUAUUCCUAAAAGAGAUAAAUCUAAAUCUAAAUUGAUAAGUGAAAAAUCCGCAAAGAGGAUUGCCCAUCACCAUGGGUAUACUUUUGGUGCAGACUAUCUUUUUUGUACUUCUUCUAUCUACAUGCCUAAAGAGGGAAAAAUAGGCAUUACAUGUACAUGCUAUUCUCAGUGAAUAUCAAAGUGGAUAUGCAAUAUACAUGUGUGAGAAAAUAAUAUAAGACCUACAUGUCCUAUUUAAUCUAUUGGAUACCUGAAUACCCAGCUAUUUUGACUUGAAUAUGCAGAUAUACUGUACAUACAUGUAGUGACCGUGUAUCAAGGCUUAAAAAUAGUCCUGUCUGGUGGGCCUGGAAAUAGCCUCCCACGCAGGCAUUUUUAGUGAAGCUCGUAUUUUGUCCCUCCCCAGAAACGCCUGCUCAACCGAGAACAACAUUCCUUUCCCAUUGUUUUAUUUGUGUGGUAAGUGACCAAUCAACAGUUUUUAAAUAAAGUGAUGACAGGCUAAACGCGACUCAUAACCUUAGCAGGGCUGGAAAUUAACUUUUCGGAUAACUAACCCUUCGGGUUAGUGGGAGUAAAUUUUACUCACUAAAUUAUAAAGUUUAUUAUCCAAGAAUCUGUUCUUGAAAUAACAAUAUAUUUUAACGAUUAAAUUUAGUUCUAAUAAAUGAGGCAAACUAAUGUGUGGAUGGAUUAAUUCAAAUUACAUGAUGAUCUGCAAAAUGAAAUAAUAUAGAAGAUAAAUCUAUUUAGUGCUCAUAUACAUUUUCCUUUCAAUUACAUUACGGAAGGACGGGAAAUUCACCAUAAAGACUGCAAAAUGUUGUUUGUUAAGAAUCAUCGAACUGCAGCCAAGUGAAUGCCUUUUCGAAUUCUUAGUGGAAAGUUCUUCCUUUCUUCAUACGGCCUCUGCGCGGAAGCCUUCUGUAGUGCUUGAAACUGUUCUUCUUCUUUGUCAUUAUUCUUGAUCUUCUAUUUCCUGUUCACAAAUUUUAGGCGGCGACCUUUUCCUGAAAUUGCUAUCCAAAGAUCUCUGACUCUAAUUUGUAUAAUAAAUAGGUUGCAUGAUGCGAACAAACCACUUGUGCUGUGUCCAGAUCUCCCCAUACAACAGAAGCCUGGUUAUCUGGCAUUCUGUGAAAUGCGCAUUUUUCGGGUAGUUCAAUUACGCUUGUAAGCAUAUCUUUUAGAACAAUAAACUGUUUGAGAGAUAACAAAAUGUUAGGCAAAAAAGAAACGGGCGUAAGAUUUUACUAACCGUUUCGGGAUAGUAAGGCUCAUUUUAGUAAUCAUACAUUAGAAACUACUAACCAUUGGUUAAUGGGAUACCGUUAAUUUCGAGCCCUGCUCUUGGUAGUGUAAAAAUGUGACUCCAGAGUUACCUUUUUCCUUCUUUUUUUUCCUUCGCUAAGGUUUUGCAAUGCAUGGAGUAUUCUUAAAUCUGACUAAAUCUUACUUUUGCUGCUCUGAGUCUAACAUUAAUUAGAGGUCAUAAAGCUUUCCCAGUGUUUCAUGCAGAUUGAAUAAUUAUCGGGUUACCCUGAGGUCAAAGUCAACUUUCCAGAAUUUGGCAAGUACCAUGUGAUUGGCUAAGCUUGGGAAAGGAAUAUUGUUCUCGGUUAAGCAGGCGUUUGUGGGGAGGGAUGAGAUAGGAGCUCCCCUAAAAAUGCCUGCGUGCAAGGUUAAUUGCACAAAGGACAAGCUGAAUUUUUUAACCCUAUGUGCCUGCCUAUUUUUAGUGGUAAGAGGAGUAUUCUGCAGUUAAACCCAGCAUUAAUUUUUAUAGAACUCAUCCUACACAGAGAGCAUGGAAAGGCAAAGGUUCCACUUGGUAAAUAUGGUCAACUCCUGUUAACUCAAACCUUCAAGGGAGGUGGAAAAAAGUUUGAGUUAUGCCAGGAGAGUUUGAGUUAUCGGAAGGUCGAAUUAAAUAACUGGAAAUAAGCAAAUGGGGUGGAAAAGGAAUAAAAGUAUCAUGCACACUUCACCUCAUGGACUCUCAACAAAGCUUGAUUAGGGUAGGACACUGUAAUUGAGUUGGUUCGAGUUAGCAAGGGUUCAAGCUAUCGGGAGUUGACUGCAUUCUUAUUCAAACAUGUGUCUGCUUUAUGAAAUUGGACAGUACAAUAUUAAGCUAUUUUUAAUUCCACUGUUUAGAUGCUGUCAAGAAACUAUUGAUCAGUGAAUCACAGGUUGAAAUUUACCUCCGUGGUCAUCCCCUUGGAACAACUGAUGCCACACAAACAAGGAAAGAUUUAGAGAAUGCUGUUACAAACCUUACAAAACUGGUUACUCAAGAUAAACUGGGAAAGGUAUAGUACAUGUAAUAUAUUGCCUUAAGUGUUCACCCAAUUGAAAAUCGAUAAUUUAGUGGUCACUCACAGGAGGUGGCAGCUUACCAAAAUCAACAAACAAGGGGUUUCUUAUGGGAAGAGGUAUCAAUAAUGUGUUUUUUGGAUGAUGAUUUAUGACCUGCAGUUUAUAAAGUAUGGUUCCAUGUCAUCGCUGAAAGUUCUUAUUAUACUCUGAGUGGCGUAGUACAUGUGCAGUGAACAGAGACCACUUCGUGAGUCAAGUUGUUGCUUAUUAGAGGUUAAAAACAUGGGAAAACAAUAAGACCGUCAGGCCAAAAAGUGAUGGGUGGUUUAUGACAGUACAAUGUCUUGUUGGAUUAACAAAUUGCAGUCCAAUUCAGUUACAUGUCCUUCUUGUAAGCAGGCAGAAAGAACACAAGAGGCCUUACUUCUUCUCUGUAAAGUUCACUUCGUGAUGGAAGACUUUCACAGUUGUGUCAAAUACUGUAACCAAGCAGGUGCUGAUGAUAUCUACAUUGACUCACAGUCUAAACGAAAAUCAAAACUGGUUGCUGAUGGAUUUGCAUACAAAGGUAAUUAACAUGGGUGGUGGACAAAACACUGACCCCCAGUCCAUGGACUACCCCCAUGGACUACGGACUACCCUAAAAUGCACUAGUGAUUAGGGUUAAGAAACUGAGUGAAUCAAGUUUCAGGUCAGUUUUCCCAGUAUAAGGACGCUAAAUGGAACCUGAUUCACUCAGUUUCCUAACCCUAAUGACUUAACGUCAGUGGCACAGUCCAUUUUAGGGUAGUCCAUAUGGGUAGUCCAUGGGGGUAGUCCAUGGACCGGGGGUCAGUGGUUUGAAUUUAUUACUGGGGCCUAGCCGAAGGCUGGCACCGGUCAUAAAAUGCAACGCGUUUCUGUGUUUUCAAAGUUACAUUGUUAGGGAUAUAUCGCUGACUGAGAUAUAUCGCUGGCUCGUUACUUUUGGGAGUGUUCGCUGAGAUAUAUCGCUGCCGUCAUAAAUUUGAAGUAGGGAGCAAUAACUGUAACCAUGUAAAUAUCAAUUCGAUUAGUUUGCACACGGAAUGGUUUAAUGCGACUAUAUUUACCACUUAUCAAUAGAUGAGAUCCCUGUCUAUUGCAAAAUAUUGUUACAGUAUUCAUCCUAGCGAUGACAAGGCUUGGUGGACGUAGAACUGUGUACACUACGACAAAGCAAAAAUCUUAACUUAUUAAACUUGCAUGCGCCAAGCUUUGUUUAUGCGUUUCAAUACCUUACAAUUCGCACUCCCUACAGGAAACUUCGUCAAAUAUUUUUCGACAAACAAUUAAAACUCAUUAGGAGGAAGUCUAUCACUGCUUUGACUUAUGAAGCAACAAAACAAAAUAUUUUCAAAUAACCUUUGUCACGCAAUAUUUACGUUAGCGAGAUGCGCAAAUUCUCAACUGUUCAAAAUGCGGGAUUCCCUAACAUUUUGUCUUUUCACAUUAUUCAUUAGACGUUGAUGUACAAUUUGUACGUUUUUCUCCUUGGUAUUCUUAGCUACUUUGGAUUCUUGUUGCUAAGAAAUAUCUUAUUAUUAUGUAAUCGAUCUGAACACGUGAGAAAAACUGCGUAACUUGACAGCCUAGGAUUGGGAGUUGACAUUAUUCAUUACACCUUGUUUUCAUCUCUAAAGAAUAUUUGCAAUAAAAAAGAUUUUCAUGUCGCCCUACAAACUUGUUGAUGAAAACGACCCUUCCACGUGGGUUGCCAAGACAAAAGUGGCCCCGGUAAAAUUCACGAAGUGAUUCUUGUUUACGUUAUAAACUGGAAAAGUCAAUUGCUUUGAGGUGCCUCUGGAACUCUGGCCAUGGGGAAAUGCAUCUUAAGGAACAGAUUGCUGCUGAUAAUAGCAUUUAAUUUUGUAUUAGUAAAACAAGUAAAAGAACUUUCCACCUAAAUAUUUGUAUUAUUGAUAUAAAGUAUUUUGUAUCUUCAGCUAUGGCCCUUGAGCAACUUCAGAAGGCUGGGGAGUCUUCUGUCAGUGAUGAUGACAUUAUUUCUUGUUAUGAAUGUGCUGGUGAUAUUGGGCUGUGGCUCAUGACUGAUCAGAUCGUCUUGUCAAGAGGGGCAGCGACUGCACAGGUUAUGCCCCUUGGAAGAACACUGGAGGUAGCUCUUCAGCGGUCUCCAAUACUUCUCAUUAAGAAUGGGUAAGAAAAAAUUAUCAUAACAUCUAAAUGUUACUUUCAAAUUAUAACAUAGCAUAAUAAUUAUGCUAUAAUUAUUAUAGCAUAUUAAUGCAUAAUUAUAGCAUAAUGUAUUUACCAAUGAUAAUAAUUAAGAGAUUAGGACGAUAAACCGUAGGCCCCAUCUCAUAACCCUUGCUCAUAUAAAAUUCCGUGGUAUGUUAAAGAAGUCAUGCACUGUUCAUAACGAGUAGGGGAUAGUUCCCGGUGUUGUUGUCUACCUCUUAUGGGGGAACAGGAUGUUACAGGUCUGCAGAAUUGGCGCCAUAAUUAUGCUGUUGGGAUGACCCUACCACCAAGUAUUGGCAGACCUAAGUUUCAAAUUAUUUAAAUAAACAUAUUUUGUAAUGAAAACUGGUGUAUCCUCUCAUAUUAUUUUCCCCAAAUAUUAGGAAGGUGACUCAAGGAAUUAACAGAUUCAGGCAUUUGCUCAGAGUUGUAGAGACAAAAGCUACUUUUGGCUUGAGAAAGGUACAUAUAUGUACAGAGGUUAUAGAUGGCUUAAAGCCAAUUUUAAACUUUUAAAAAAGUUUACCUUGAUAUCAGCAUUUCAAAAUCACAUUUGCAUCAUAUUGUACUUUUUGAAGUUCACCCAAUUUCAUUGUUAAAGGUAAAGUGAGACAAAAUUAAUUUCAUGUCUGAUUACAUGUAUGUGUGUACAAAAUGUGAAUAAUUGAUAAUGUAAUUUCGCUUGAGAGCUGAGUUUUUGGUAUCAUAUUGUUUUCUGUCUAAAAUGAGUCUUGAUUCACAAAGCAAAGCUAACUUUAUAAUAAUGCUUGAUAACUGAUUAUUGACUCCUAAUACUGUUUAACCACACAACUUCCUUAAAUCAAGAAUCAAGGAUCAAGACCCAACAAAAGACUGUCAACUUACUUUUGAGCAGUAUUGUUAGCUAUGUACAUAAUUAUUAUAUACAUCUUAUUGUGAAACGUACACAUUGAAGUGACAAAAACUUCUUUUAUUCUUCACAGGGACUGGCUAAACUGUUAUCUCAGGUUCUUCUGCGAGGAAUUUGUGAGAGGAAUUAUGAGAAACCCUUGCAUGUUUUACUCAGCUCACCAAUAAUCAGCUCCACAUCAUCACUACGAUCUACAUCAAAGACAGAGUCAAAGGCUGCCACCAUAAAUGUUAUAAGCAGCAAGAAUGCCAUGUUCCCUCUUAAGCCACAUUUAUACAGUGGGGAUAGGUGAAUAAAUCCUUUUUUUAUUUCUGUUACAAUUUAUAUUCAGGUUUCUUCUUAUUGGCAUACAAUUUUCUCAAGGUUUCUACAGUAAUUUAUCCAGUCUAGGCACAGGCAUUGUUAUAGCAAGGGCACCCAUGGUACUUUGACAUCAGCAAUGAUAAUACUGCUGUAUAUUUUUCUUGUUCUCGAGAGAUGAAGUUGGAAUCCAGCCUUUUUAAUAAUAAUAAAAAAUAUUAUUGAUUUUAUCACAGUUUCAAGCCAUCUUCAUGUCAUUUGUCACCAUGAUUUCAUCUGUCUUAUUUUGCUGUUUUCAAGGUCAUAUCACAUAACUAACAGGGUCUCUAGAAUGUCAUGGUAGUUAUAGUCUUGAACCAUGGAGUACCGACAUAAUAUUAUUUUGUUAUUAUAAGUUGCACAUGUUUGUUAUUAUAAGUUGCACAUUGAUCCUUCUCAUUCAUUGUGCUUACAUGUACAAUGUACAUACACUCCUGACCAGUAAUUCUGUUCAGUGAUAUUGGGUGUAAAGCUUAAUUUUUGUUUGCUCAAAAAGUAGGUUGAAUUGAUCAAUUCUUCUAAAACUUUGUAAGUACUGAACAUUGCUACUGUAUUUUUUUAAAUUUCAGCCUAUUUUUUCCUCAAAAUGAAACAGAAGAAACCUUGAUUCUUUUACUUUUAGAGGAAGCUAUGGUGAGUCACUAUACCAGAUAAGUUAACUCACUAAGUAACCUACUACAGUAGACUCUCUCUUAACAGACACCUCUGUAAAACGGACUCCUAGACUUAGUCCCUGCCUUUCUUUGCUCCCUCUAUUUGACUUUCUAUAAGACAGACAUCUCUCUAAGACAGACAGCUAGUGCCGAUCCCAAAGGUGUCCGUCUUAGAGAGAGUUGACUGUAUGUAGUCCAAACAAGGCUGGGGAUGGGGGAAUAUUAAACAAGAUUUAAGCAUGAAGGGGCCCCUACAUGCUUUCUUAUUACAUUUUUUGGAAUACCAGUGGUAGUAUUGGCGAAGAAGAAAUAUGGCUCAUUCACUAUAAGGAGGGCAGUUACACUGUACUUCUUCCAGGUUUUCAUUGUAAAAGGGACAGUGGAAUUCACAUAAGGCAUUGUUGCAGAGCAUUUUGUUUCUUCUAAUGAAACAUUUUGGGUUGGUUCAACUUAGACCACGGCUUAGCAAAUCCUUGGACCUCAGAUCUCUUUUUUAGUGGGUUAUUUUAAGAAGGUAACUGCUUUUCCAGUCUACACCAUGUGCUAUCAUGAAAACGUUCACAAUAAUUAAUGGUAUUGCAGAUAUGAUGAAAGCUUUGGGUAAAGUGAAAAUGGCUUAGAGCAUGGUUUUGAUUUUUAAUUGGCCUGUUGUGUUUCAAUUUUAUCAGUGACAUGAUUGUAUUAUUUUUAUUUUUAUCCCUACCAGGUCUCCAAAGAUGCAGAAUUGAGUCAAGCCCCUGACAAGUCUGCUGCCCGUCAUAAAACAGUGAAGGAUUCUGAGAGUGUUUAUGACUUAUUAACGGUGGCAUUGGUUCGGAGGGCACAGUAUGGCAUGCUGGCAGAGGUUUGUAAUACGUUUUGAUAGAUACAGAGGUUAAGCUUGAGUUGUAAAUCUACUUACCGGUACUCCUUCUUUAGUAUAGAUUACAGACUUCAUAACAAUAAGAAACUACAUGUGGUGCAUGUAUAUUAUCGUAGCUUAAUCCAGACAUUGUCUUUGUGGUUUAUAAGAGUAUAAAUCAUGGAAAAUUAGCGCAAGUUUUUGCUGUUUCAAAAGGUGUUAUAUACACAAUAGAAAGAAGGUCUGUAUGACAUACUGUGGGUCAGAAGGCUUUGAACAACAACCUUAGAGGGGCUUCAGCCUUAGUUAACACCUCCUUGAUCUGCAAAAUUCUUUAUAUCAUACUUAGUUUCAUCCAAUAAUUGUUAAAUAUACAGCAACAGAGGGAAUAUUGCUUGCUAGGUGGUUUUAACGUCAGCCCAAAAAGCUGUUAAAAGUUGGUAAUCCAAUAGAGUGAGAAAAGUAGAAAGAAGCGGGUGGAAUAUGAUUGUUUGGCUGAGUGUAGUCCUAAGUAGGACUGUUGUUGCACUGGCAGAUCCAGACCUUCAGAUAAGGGGGAGUGGGGGUGGUCAUCCAGACCCAGAGAUAGGAGGGGUGGGUCCCCUGGGCCCUCCCCUGGAUCGGCCACUGUGUUGAUAGUGUGACUAAUGUUUCAACAACCCUUGCGGUAGUAAUCAUCAGAGUAAGAGUGAGCCGUAUCAUGUCAGUUGAUGGUAUUAAACUCUGGUUGUUGACCUGUCUGGCCUCUCUUGCAUUACUUAACUUUUGAAUUUUUUGCAGUGUUUAGACCGCGGAAUGAAGGUUGCAUUUGAAGAGUUUCAUCUGUGGUUCCAGUUUGCCCUUUCUCUCAUCAGUGCUGGCAAAGUAAGCAUUAAAAAUGAAUUGAACUUACAAGUUGGAUGUCAAAUUUGUAGUUCUGUGGUUGUUUAUCAGCCAAAAGUUGCAUUCGUCCAGUUAAAAAACUUGAAGAAAAUAUCUUGGACAGAAGGGGAAUGAGGGGGAAUAGGUUGUUUUGCCCGAUGGUAUUUCCCCCAGACUAAGUCGAUUCGCCCGAUGUGUAUUUGUCAUUCUUUAAGAUUAAGAAAAACGAAUAACCAUAGAAAGACAGUGACUGUACAUGUGGAAUCCAAAGUAAACUAAAAUGACAUCUCCGAGAAGUAGGCUCACCAUGUUGUAGAGUGUUGUAUGUCAUCGGGCGAAUUGACUUACGUCCUGGCGAACGCCUUCAGGCAAAUCAACCACUGGGCGAAAUGACCGCAAUUCAACUUUGAAAGCAGAGAUUAAAUCCAAGAUGUGAGAGAUGACAUUAAUUAUAAAUCUGCAAUCAAAAAUUGAUCUGCACUUUGGUGGCUCCUGAUAAUUGUUAAUGCAUACUUAUCUGUCAAGUUGUUUGACGGACAGAGCCCUGCAAGUAUAAAGAGAAGCUUGGGACCAGGCUCUGAAUUGGGGGGGAAGGCUCCGCCCUUUCCCUCUUCUCCAGUUCGCCACUUUGCUCGCUUUGUCACCAAUUUUUCUUUUUCUCUUUUUUUGCUGUUUCACCCCGUUUUUUUGCCUUUUUACCCCACUAUGGAGCCUGAUCCCAGGCCAAUAAAGACGGGUUCAAGAUCGGGGGAACAGGUGAGAGCACCUAAUCAAUUAGGGGGAUUCUGAAAAUCAAAUAUAUGAUCACCAAGGAUUAUGAAAGGAAAAUUUAUGUUAUAAUAUUGAAUAUUAAAGGUUAAACAUGCUCCUCAGAGCUUCUAAGUGGGUACACAAAUGAGAUUUACAUUUUUGUUACUAACUUUCGUCUUGUCUUGUUUUUUUUUCUCCAGUACCUGCGUGCCUUGUUAGUCCUUAAACAAUGCCAUCAGCUCAGGCCAGAUGAUUCGCUAGUUUGUCUUUAUGCUGCUAAGCUGUGUUUCAACAAUCUUCACAUGGUAUGUUGUGAAACAACGUACAAAUAAUAUCACCACUAUGGAGUUAGCCAAAGAUUUGUGUUAAACUGACCUUUUAUCUUGCCUUUCACGUUACAGUCCUCCUACCAUGAUUUUUUUUCAAAAAAAUGAACAAGAAUGUGAAUAGUAGAUAUGAACGUCCACUUUUCAGGCGUACAUGCCUUAUGUUGAUCGAUAUAACUGGAAAUGUUUGAUGUAAAAUCUUACAAUGUAGGUAAAAAAAAAUUGUUUUAGAGUGCGUAAACCACUCUUAAGCGCUGUGUGAACCAGUGUUCACGCUUUACCUGAUAGGUUUUCAUGUUGAUAUGAAAUGUAAGUCAAGACUUGAAAGACACAGCCUAAUUCAGGGUCAAGCCUUGACUCUUAGGAAGGGGCUAUCCCCGAAACAUCUUUUUUUUAACCCUUUAAACCCUAAGAGUGAUCAGCAUCAAAUUUCUCCUUGUAAUAUCACUGCUUUGUAAAACACAGUGGUCACAAGAAUUACGGACAUGAUCACACAAGAUUAAUUUGCUUGAUAUUUUAUCAUCUUCUCCCCACUACUUCUGUAGGAAAUGAAUAGGAGCAACAAAUGAGAAUUCAAAUUUUGAUCUUAGGGUUUGACGGGUUAAUAGACCCUUCCACGGUUAUUUUAACCUUUUACUGGGACAUGUUAGCCAAAAUCCUUCAACACAGCUAAAGAGAACGCUGAAAAUUUGUAAAAAUGUUAAGUUUAACUGAUACAGAAGUUCGACUGACAUUUUUGAUGUUCUCUUUUCAAGUUUGACGAAGGUAUCACGUUUGCAAAGAAAGUGGUUGCUAUGGGUGAUGAAAAAGAGUUAUCCUCCAGAGGUAAUCUGGCGCUUGGUAUCGGAUACAGUCUGCAGUCUUGUGAAGGUAGGUUGCUGUUACGUUUAUUCACACAUGGCCUUCAAGCAAGCUCUGAGUUUGAGAAUCGCGAGACUAAAAGGGUGGUACGUGAACAGCGAGAAAAGCCCUGGUCUUUCGCGGGUCACUCGCGCGGCGUAACCUUCGCCGACUCUUGUGGCAGCCCUUGCAGUUGAUCAGCUACAUUAUUACCUAUUUUUUGGAUCGUAAAAUGUUUUUGCCUAAAUUUUUGAAUUUGUCGUUUGCAAUCCAUGUUAGUCUCUUCCAUUACCAUCUUUUUAGUUUUCUAUUUACGUCUUACGUGUUUUUCUGUGUUUUUCACUGAGACGAAUAUUUUAUGGUUUCCUCCUAUCACAAGAUUAUUUUGUAAGCUGCAAAAGAGUGACUCCAAUAAGGGUGAGGUACAGAAGGUCACAAACGUAGUUUGUGUUGUCUCCAUCCCUCCCCACCCAUCCCCUGUUAUUGUACAGAACCGUUAUUAAGCAAACCCAAGACAGCCCCUCUAAAACACAGGCGCACUAGACACUCAGGUUAAUACUCUUGUCAAAAAUAUUUUUUGAAAACUUUUUUUUGUUGCAGCAUGUCUUAGAGGAGAGCGACAACAGCUUCAAAAACAAGCAACUGAUGCUCUGCAAAAGUAGGUUUUUGUGUUGUUUCGUAUUUUUUGUGUGUCGUUUUUGUAUUUACAGAGUUAGUAAUUGAAAGUGAUCAAUUUUCGACGUAGGAAAUUACCCAUUUUAUGAACUGGACAUGCCUUAAGGCAGCCCAGUUAAUGAAUUGAGUUAGCUUAUUUGUUCUUUAAUGUGUAACCCAAUAAGACCCAGGGUUUCAAUAUCAUGCAAAAUGCAUACAAAUUUCUGUGUUUACAGCCUCCGUCACCACGCGAACUAUUGUAAACUUAAACAUUUGAUUACAGUUGGUGAUGAGUGAGCUUGUGUCAUCUAUUACACCAAAUUUACUUGAUUCGAACAAGUUAUUGAGUGUGUUUAACACUCAAAAGUAUAGCUUUAUAGAAUCGCUUCUUAUAAAGUUAUUUUUACAUGCAAGGUUUCCCUUAUGACACCCUCAGAGGGANAUUUUUUGGAUCGUAAAAUGUUUUUGCCUAAAUUUUUGAAUUUGUCGUUUGCAAUCCAUGUUAGUCUCUUCCAUUACCAUCUUUUUAGUUUUCUAUUUACGUCUUACGUGUUUUUCUGUGUUUUUCACUGAGAAGAAUAUUUUAUGGUUUCCUCCUAUCGCAAGAUUAUUUUGUAAGCUGCAAAAGAAUGACUCUAAUAAGGCUGAGGUACAGAAGGUCACAAACGUAGUUUGUGUUGUCUCCAUCCCUCCCCACCCAUCCCUUGUUAUUGUGCAGAACCGUUAUUAAGCAAACCCAAGACAGCCCCUCUAAAACACAGGCGCACUAGACACUCAGGUUAAUACUCUUGUCAAAAAUAUUUUUUGAAAACUUUUUUUUGUUGCAGCAUGUCUUAGAGGAGAGCGACAACAGCUUCAAAAACAAGCAACUGAUGCUCUGCAAAAGUAGGUUUUUGUGUUGUUUCGUAUUUUUUGUGUGUUGUUUUUGUAUUUACAGAGUUAGUAAUUGAAAGUGAUCAAUUGUCGACGUAGGAAAUUACCCAUUUUAUGAACUGGACAUGCCUUAAGGCAGCCCAGUUAAUGAAUUGAGUUAGCUUAUUUGUUCUUUAAUGUGUAACCCAAUAAGACCCAGGGUUUCAAUGUCAUGCAAAACGCGUACAAAUUUCUGUGUUUACAGCCUCCGUCACCACGCGAACUAUUGUAAACUUAAACAUUUGAUUACAGUUGGUGAUGAGUGAGCUUGUGUCAUCUAUUACACCAAAUUUACUUGAUUCGAACAAGUUAUUGAGUGUGUUUAACACUCAAAAGUAUAGCUUUAUAGAAUCGCUUCUUAUAAAGUUAUUUUUACAUGCAAGGUUUCCCUUAUGACACCCUCAGAGGGAUAGCACUUUUUUCCUCAUUUUCAGAGCACACAGUCUAGACCCUGAUGACAGUGAAGUAUUGUUUCAUCUUGCUCUUUGUCAAGCUCUGAUGAGACAGGUAAAUUUUAUUUAUCGACUAUUACAUAUGAUUGCUUCAGUUUUCCACUGAUCAAAACCGCUCCUGACCUUAACGCUUCUCCUGAACUGCUCCCGCUCGUUUUCCCGCGCCCUUAGCUCCCUCGUAUCAUGAUUGUCUGUGCUUUUUCUGAUUGGCUAGGGAUAACACUUACACUUGUGAGUUAAGAAAAUGCCCCAUCAUGAGGUUUUUUUUAAACUUGUUUUUAAGCUUCUACUUGACAUUCCCUUUCGUAGUCAAUGUUUUCUCAGUUUAUGCUGCACGUUGCGAACGAACGCAGUACAAGAUAACAGCCUGCAUAGCUGGAGUUCACGUUCGGGGAAGGCGCGAAAACUGGACCGUGAGCAACUUGCUCCUCACCUUUCGCUUUAACUUUCGCGCCGAUUGCGCGCGAACGGGAACUAUUGUUUUGUUAACCAUACAUCACGUUUCCCUCAGUUCAAAUUUGCUGUAAGUUGGAUACCGUGCGUAUUAUAAAAGAUGGUAAAUUCAACGCUUUUCGUGUUGAUUUCCAGAUUACAAAGGCGCUGAAAAAUAUCCGAAAUGCCAUGAAAAUGGACAUGAAUCAGUCGUUAUACCUCCAUCUGUUGGCUCUGGUACUUUCGUCUCAGAAAAAGGUUGGUAUCUGUUAGUCUUGCAGUCAGUAAAAAAAAUUUAGAAGUACAGUGUUAUAAUUUUUGCGGAUAAUGUUUAUAUACCGAUCAAUUAAUUUUUUCAUCAAGAGAAACCUGUCUUAAAGGUUCAUUAAAAGGAUUAUGGAUUGGAAAGUGAAUAUAUGAAUAUUUUUCUAUUUAAACUGCGAAAGAAAGGUGCAUGGCUUUGCCAGUUAUUUGCAAGGUAUAACUGCAAUGACGUGAAGCCAAUUUCUGCGGGUCAGUAACAUUUCCCUUCCCCAGAUCAACAGACUGGCUCUCUUUCAAUUGAACUAACCGGAAAGCGGUGCCAGGAAAUCGUAAGAAAGAAUUCAUGACAUAUCUAUCAGAUGUGUCCCUAAUUUAGCUUAGACUCCACGUCUUGUUUGGCCGAAGAAAGAACAGCGAGCCCUACGUAGUCGUCAUCAUGCCAUCUUUAUUCUUAAGUCAAAUUUUAAAUAGUCAGUUUUUCUAGGUCAAUGUUAUUGCAAUUAUGUACUCAUCAGUUGUCCUCCUUUUAAUUAUGUUCUUAUUUUAGAAAAGAAAUAAGACGUUCUUACAACCUCUGUUGAUUAUAGUUUUUAGAGGCUUUGGAAGUCUGCGAUGCUGCUCUUAUGGAGUUCUCCGAAGAUUUCAGGUUUGAAGCUACCUUUCCUUUCUCUUCUGGUUUUCCUCCUUUGUUAAAUCUGCUUUAAACGAUUUAAAGAAUUCCGCCCGGAAAAGCCAAACACAUCUCAUAAAGAAACAAACAAAACCGAGUCGAGUCGAGUCGUUAUUACUCCCUCAGUAAGAGGAGAAAACGACUCGCAGCAAUCGGAUGAAUUUCAGGCUAGGGUCAUAUGUGUUCGUGGUCCCAUUUAAAUUCUUCGUGUUCGUGACAUUUUGAACAUAGCAUCUUUCUUAAAAAUUAUAUCUUUUUGAAUUCCAACGAGAUUCACUUCGUGCAAAGGGAGGACUGCAAUGUUUUUUGACCUUUCUCCAAUUGAUAUACAUCUUUUCACAUCUUUUUAUUGAAAGGUUUUUAGGUUUUUUAAGCACACUGAUCUUUCCUUUAUUUAGUUUGCUUCUUCUGAAAGUGAAGUUGGAACAGGCAUGCGUGGGAGGAGAUCAAGCAUUGAUCACGUGCAAACAGCUGCUAGAGACCUGGAAACAAGUGUACGAUUCUGACCUAUCAGGGUGAGUCUUGUUCAACAAGCUGGUUUAUUACGGUUAUCGUAAGGAACCCGUCUCCUAAUUUGGUUGUAUCGCUAAAAACUUCGAGAUCGCACGAUGAUACAUUUUCCGAUCGUCCUACUUUCUUUCGGACAGCCACUGACAUGGCGCUGGUAAAGAUAUAGUGCAAGACAACGAAACUUGAUUUAUUCCUUCAAAAUGCGGGGAGAAUAGGUACGGGCAUUCGGCGAAAAGAUUUUUGGGAUCGUAUGGGUGGACCUAACAAGCGAUGAUUGGUUUAAGGUUGCCAGUAGAUAUUAUAAAUCGACCAAUCAUAACUAACACCUGUCUACCCAAACGAUCCCACAAAUCAUUGCACCGAAGGCUUGUACCCAUUCUUCUUGUAGUUUAUGAAGCGGCAAAUAGAGACAUACCAACAAGUCUUACACUGAAAUGCGAGCAAUCAGAGCGAGAGUGAAAUAUUACCGCAGUUCUUGUAGUUAAUGCUAGUCGUAGCUAGAGAGAUGUUAGACAAUCGUCCGAUUCAAGAAUAGAUUUUUUUGCUGUGCAGGCUCGAUGUUGGAAGUGCCUUUUUGCAAAGUUCAGUUUUUUUCGAUUCUCAUCUCUCGUGUUUCAAUCGCAGGUCCGUGGAACUUCAGCGGGCAGGGUCGGGUUUGUUAGACAAAGUCAUCACAGACACACGAAGCCUAAAGCAGAUUCCUCUCACAGAGUUCAGCAGUGAUAAGGAUUCGGGUAAGUGGUCGUUUCUACGUCAGCACUGAGGCAAUUUUUGCUAAAUUCGAGCCAUUUACUUGACUUAAAGCGGAAGAAACCAUAGCUGUUAUAAACUGAGCAACAGACACAACAAGGAAAAGGUAAUUCAUUGGACAACACAGCCGCAUUGGAUACCCAUGCCAAAGACAUAGAAACAUGUCAGAUGCAAAAAGCAUGAUUUGUUAGUAUGGCUAAAAUAUAGUGAAAGGGUUUAUGCUUUUUGAACCAUUUUUGCAACAAUCCACGCAUCUAAAACAACAAGAGUAAACUUAACACACUUAACACGCUUAACAAACAUUGUUUUUUAGCGGACGGUGCGGGUUCGAUAGCUGCCUCAGUGCGCCUUGAGCAGGCACUUUCAGAUGAAGCAGCAUCGGCUUCCGUUAAAAUGAGUGUCCCUGUGGUACUGGCUCUGCAGGCAAAACUGUGGCUCGCCAUCGGUAAGUUCAUAAAACCACUUGUACUUUCCAGUAGUAGUGAUUAUUUUCUCCCUGUAAUGUCAAUUCAUUUUCUCCCGGAUACAUGUGGACAAUUAAACCAUGACUAGAGUCUGAGACAAAAAUAGUUGGGACACUUCCACUGAACACAGUUUUUUUUUCUUCUCGCCCGUUUUCCCUCCCUCCCAAUGUUGUUUAUCGCAGUUAAAUCGAAAUUUUAUACACCAACAUUGAGUAAGCGAGAAGACAAAAAGUUUCCCAACAAUUUUGACUGAGACUGUAGCUGUACAACGGUCGUUGGUGAUAGAGAGAUCAUCGUUAGAACUGCCAAUAAAGUAAUAUAAGAGUGGCCAGUAAGAAUUAUUUAAGUGCCCUUUAAGACCUUGUCACACUCGGCAAUUUUUCUGCAACUCUUGUCGCGAAGUAAUUGCGAUAUAACUUUGCAUGAAAAAUUACCGAGUGUGUCAGGGGCUUAAGGAAUUCAACAUUCCUCAGGAUAAUCUGUUCAUGUUGUCCUUCAGCAGCAUAAUUAAAAAUAUACCGCUGUUUCGAGAAAGGUUGUCGGAAAAAGUGCACCCGACAAUCCCGAAAGGUAUUGUGGGUUGUUUUUAGUUCACUGUUUUUCAAAGAAAUUUCAAACAAUGGCAAGAGAGGCCAUGGACGUAGGUUUGCGAGUGCUAAAGGAAAGCAAUAAAAGUAGGUUCGACAGCUACAGUGUCAGGAACAGUGUAUUGAUCAUAUCCCAUAUUACCUUUCGAGAUUGUCGCGUGCACAGUUUUUCCGACAACCUUUCUGGAAAUAGCUGUAUAAAACUGUUCUGGCGAGGCCUUAAGCUGCUGUUUAAAAAGUAAAAACUAAAAUCCAAGCUUUCGCCGAUCAACGGCAUCAUCAGGGAUGAUCCUCAGGAUGAUCCUCAGGAUAAUCUUCAGAAAAUCUGCUGAAAAUCAUGACCAUUAUUUUGCUUUGGGUUUCUUCAUUUAUCCAGCUGACGUGUUUAUCUCUAUGGAGAAGGACGCUGAGGCAAGCGCAUGUGUACAGGAGGCUCACUUAAUAUUUCCCAUGUCCCCGGAUGUUUUGUUCCAGGUAUGUUGUUAUCUUUCAACAAAACCUUUCGUCCAUAGAAUACGACAUAACAAGCUUGAACCAGAAACAUAAAUCUGAUUUUUGUUAAUUUUGGAAAAAUGACACCUAACUGCUAUGACUCGAUAACACUGCCAUUUACGAUAAGCGGAAUAAGCGGUAAUAUAGGUGGGAAUGGAGAAUUAGAGGAAUAACUCAAAAUAACAGAAAUCUUCAUUGUGCGUGACAGUAAUUCUCAUUGAGCGUUACUGGAAAUCUAUCCUGAUAUUAAGUUCAACCAGUUCUAUUUGACAAGGAGUUCCUGAAAUAUAUUAAAACGUAGCACGAAAGAGUCCUGGCUGUUGACUUCAAUGUCUUAAAAUCAUGCAGCAGACUACAAGACCUAUUAAACCACAAAUGGUAGCCCUUGAAAGCCUCGACGAUUCCGCUCACAGUUAUUUUAGCGUUUUACCAUUUUUAACCGUAAUAGCUUUACCAUCAGACAGUUUAGUUGGGGCUUAAAUAAAAACUAGCUUUAUGAUGAAUUCUCACUCGGAAUAACUUCAAACUAAUGUCUUUUACUUUAUGUUCUUUNUAAAUCUGAUUUUUGUUAAUUUUGGAAAAAUGAAACCUAACUGCUAUGACUCGAUAACACUGCCAUUUACGAUAAGCGGAAUAAGCGGUAGUAUAGGUGGGAAUGGAGAAUUAGAGGAAUAACUCAAAAUAACAGAAAUCUUCAUUGUGCGUGACAGUAAUUCUCAUUGAGCGUUACUGGAAAUCUAUCCUGAUAUUAAGUUCAACCAGUUCUAUUUGACAAGGAGUUCCUGAAAUAUAUAAAAACGUAGCACGAAAGAGUCCUGGCUGUUGACUUCAAUGUCUUAAAAUCAUGCAGCAGACUACAAGACCUAUUAAACCACAAAUGGUAGCCCUUGAAAGCCUCGACGAUUCCGCUCACAGUUAUUUUAGCGUUUUACCAUUUUUAACCGUAAUAGCUUUACCAUCAGACAGUUUAGUUGGGGCUUAAAUAAAAACUAGCUUUAUGAUGAAUUCUCACUCGGAAUAACUUCAAACUAAUGUCUUUUACUUUAUGUUCUUUGCAGCGUGGUCGUAUCUAUGAGAUUCAAGAAAAAUACACCGAUGCUAAAAACUGCUUUGAUAAUGCGAUCGCAAUAAACCCUGCGCAUGUUCCCAGUAUUCAACACUUGGUAAGAUUCAUCUCCCUCCAUUUUGAACCAGUGAGCUUGUCUAGUGAUUACGUUGUUAGGUUGCCCAAAUUGCUUCACGUGAAAGCAUAGUUAGCAAACGCGGUAUUUUUUGAAACGCCGCCUGGUUAGCUGAGUUGGGAGAGUGCUGGUCUGCUGAGCAGGAGGUCGUGGGUUCAAACCUCGGCCGGAUCAACACUCAGGGUCUGAAAAUAACUGAGGAGAAAGUGCUUCCUUUGCAAUGACAUCUGUAAACGGUUAGACUCUCUAGUCUUUUCGGAUAAGGACGAAAAACCGUAGGUCCCGUCUCACCGCACUUUCACUGAUUUGUUCUUGUGGCACGUAAAAGAACCUACACCACUGUUCGACAAGAGUAGGGGACGUAGACCCCGGUGGUGUAGUAAACCUCUCCUGGGCUGGGUGGGUUAUCUGUAAGGACACGCUUAAGGUGUUUCGAUGCAGUUUUUCAGAGGCCAUACCGAUAUUUUUCAAUCGCCUUAAAAGUGGUUUUCUCCUUGUCCGAUCGCUAUAACAUUUUCAGCAGUAAUUGUCUAUGGAUUGAAAUUUGUGAAAAUGUAGUUUUGAGUAAAAUCGAUAUUACUAUGACAACAAUAAACAAAAGACUUUGAAAGUGAUAAAAGCCAAAUUUUGUGCGAUCUAGACCAGCUACUGAAAAUCCAACACUAGGAACUUAAAGUUUGGUGUUUAGCAAACAAUCUCCGUGAGAAGUAAAAUUUCCUGUAUGUUUGAAUUCGAAUAAAACGCAAAUAUAUUUCGAAACUUAAGUGAUAGAUUAUUUAAUAAAAACGUUAUAAAUGACUCAAAUUAUUCUUAAGUAGCGUCAGAAUGCUGCUUAGUAUCAUUUUGAUGCCAGCAAAUUUUGGUGUAUUUUCGUUCUUGCAAUCUUGAAAACCAACCCGUUUUCUCACCACCUGUAUAAGUGCAACUUCAUUCAAAAUUUGGACUUUUAGCGCUUUUUUGUAUAUGUCUGAAACGACUCGAAAGAAUUUUUUUUUUAAAUCUCUUCACAUAAUCUUCGUAAUGUAUUUAAUAAGGUCUGAAACUUUCAUUGAGAUUUAUUCAAUGCAACAUCUUAAAAUUUCAAAUUUAUUGUGUAUCUCUCGUGUCACUCACUCAUUUCUCCUGAAAUAUAUUUAAAUCUGAUUUGUUUUAAGGGAAUGAUUUGUUUCUUGCAGGGUGCUCUCUAUCAGAAAAACGGAAAUCUGGUCAUGGCGGAAAAGGUCCUCCGUGAUGCCAUCAACAUCGAUCCAACAGCGUUCCAGGCUUGGUGA